AGCUCAAAUCUAUAAGAAGUCAGAGAAGCAUUAACACAGCUGACAGAGUUUUAUUUUUGCAGCGUUCAAACUUUUGGAAACAUUUACAGCGUCAGUGUAUCAAAAUUGCAACAUGUCUCAGCACCCAAGACGGAGACAUUCUGCUGACAUUGAAUCCUUCAGGAGGGCAUUAGAUUGCACGAAGAAGGAAAAUCAAGACCUGCACAAUAUCAUUAAAAAAAUGCAGGAGGAGAAAAGUCAGCUGGAGGACAAGAAUAGUCAGCUGGAGGACAAGAAUAGACAGCUGGAGGACAAGAAUAGACAGCUGGAGGACAAGAAUAGUCAGCUGGAGGACAAGAAUAGACAGCUGGAGGCCCAAAUUAAAAACCUCCCAGAAAUUUCCUCACAGGACCAACCAGGUCAAGAUCUGCAGUACAAGCCUGACUUGCAGGUCUUAAAUGCCGGUUGGGAGAUUCUGCUUAAAAAAUCACAGCAGCAUAUCACAGGCCUGUUGAUAGAAAGGAAAGUAUUGCAAUAUCGUCUCGAAAUAUUACAGAACAUCACCGAAGAGAAAAAACAAGCGUUAGUAAUUGCUGAUGAGAUGGGAAACCUGGCUAAAAAAACUAUGGGAAUGAAACAGAAUUUGGAGAAAACCCUUGAUGAAACACAGCAAAUGAAUAGACAACUGUUUAAAGAGAAGCAGCAACAGGACGUUGAGCACAGGGAGAUGGAGUGCGAGCUUGAAUACAUCAAAGCAAAACACCAACGGACACAACAGAAGCUUCAAGACUUGGAAAAAAUACACAAAGAGACGCAAAAGACACAACAGAAGCUUCACAAAGGUGAGGAAAAAACUAAAGGUUUGCAGGUAACUCUUGAUGGAGCACUGCAGAGAAAUGCAGAAGUGCAAAGAGAGAAGGAGCAACAGGUAGAAGAGAUCAGGAGGGCAAUGAAAGCACAGGGUAAGAAAUAUAAAGACCUGAAGGUAAAGCAUUCUGAAAAGGAGAAAGAGUUAGAAGAACUCCACAAAAAAUGCACCAAACUGGAAGAAGAGAAUACACAAUUCUUCAGUGAGGUCAAAAGACUCAUCCUCCAAAACAAAGAUUUAGAGGAAUACCGCCAGAAAAAGAAGAGAAAGUGUUUCUUUUCUUUUUUCAGCUGAGGUUCUGCUGCUUCUCCCGCUCAACCUGAAGAAACAUAGGCUGCUCUUCCUCCACCGUUCCUCCAUCUCCUUCAUUUUCCCCUCUCCCAUCUCUUCACCUUUCAGGAGAUUAAAAAAGAAGAAGCGUCACUGGCUGCUUCACCUAAUUGGCCACAAAAUUCACCAACAGCAUGUCCUAAACAUCACAUUUAUAUAAAUAUGUCAUUGGACUUAUCAGUGGUAGGUUAAAAGACCAUUCCUCGUUUCCAUCACGCCCCCCCCAGCCGGUCGCAGCAGAUGGCUGCCCCUUCCUGAGCCUGGUUCUGCCCGAGGUUUCUUCCUUUAAAAAGGGAGUUUUUCCUCGCCACUGUCGCCAAGCGCUUGCUCACAGGGGAUCUUCUGAUUGCUGGGGGG